AUGAAAUCAGUCAAUUUUUUUCUGCCUUCACAUUUUUCAAUAACCAAGUUUACUAAAAAAGAUCUAUUUUCGAAAAUAAGAGGCAACAUUCGUCCUCUCCGCUCUGGUUUCCACCGGGCCGACGACUCCAAUCCACCUCAUCCUGUGAAAACCCGGAACCCAAGACUAACUGGAGAACUUGUGAGGAGAAUGUUAUCUAGACAGAUUAGAAACUUGCGCAAGAUUGUUGUGCAGAACUCUUUUGCAAGUUUGAUCGAGUUAGGUAAAUUUAAGCUUCCAUGUAGAUCAUUCUCAACUAAUUCGACUUGCAAGGAGCUACCAAGGAAGCUGAAGAAGUCAGAGAGGAAGCCAUGGGUUACUAGUGUUAAUGAACUCAAGUGUAAAGCUAGAUUGCAGAAGCAAGCUAGACAAGAGGUUUCUGAGAUUACUUUACGGCCUCCUGAAAAUGGAUUGCUGGUCAAGGGACUAGUGCCGUUCGCUCAUGAAGUCUAUGCUGCCAGAGCCAAACUAUUUACUUGUGUUUCAAUGGUUGUCAAGAGCACUAUCAUAUAUUCAUGCAGAUUAUGUGGAGAAGUUCAUGUUGGUCAUCCACCACAUAAGAUCAGAACAUGCAAUGUCACAGGUAGCCCAGCAAGCAAAGAGCAUGUUUGGGAAAUAGGGGGUGUGGAACAUGUUUUGCCUCUUGUGGAAUCUUUUCAUCUCUAUGACAGAUUAGGGAGAGCUGUUUCACAUAACGAGAGGCUCCAAGUCGAUCAGAUUCCAGCUAUUGUAGAAUUAUGUAUUCAAGCAGGCCUUGACAUCCCUGAAUAUCCAACAAGGAGAAGGACCUUCCCGGUUUAUAAUGUUGCUGGUAGGAUGAUAGAUUUUGAAAGGAGGUUUCCUAAAUAUGAUUCACCUGGCAAAGACAUCAAUGCGUAUGGGUUUUGGGAGAAGAGAAACCAGUCAAGUGAAAAUAAGUCUAUGCACCUGCUGGCUGAUGAUGUACAAGGAUUUGCUAUCCGAGGCAUGGAGGCUUGGGAGAAAAUGUGGUUAGGAGCCUCAAAACUUAUGCAGAAGUAUGCUGUCCAAACUUGUGGAUAUUGUUCAGAGGUCCAAGUGGGGCCUAAGGGUCACAGAGUCAGGAAUUGUCAAGCUUACAAGCACCAGAUGAGGGAUGGACAGCAUGCAUGGCAGGAGGCAACAGUGGAUGAUUUGAUUCCUCCGGUUCAUGUGUGGCAUGUGCGAGAUGUGCAGGAUGGUGGGCCGCUGGUAAAUGGUUUGCAGAGGUACUAUGGAAAGUUGCCUGCAGUGGUAGAACUGUUUGCACAAGCUGGAGCAAACGUGGGAGAGAAUUAUGUUGCCAUGAUGAGGGAAGAUGUUGCAGUCCCUGGGCUGGAUGAAGAAAAGUGGGUAGUGUGAAGUGCGGAGUUGAACCUGGGUGAGAUUCUGGGCAUCUUAGUCGAUAAAGAUUCUCUGAAAAGAUGCAGUCUCUGAUAAGAAACACCCACCAAUUCUGAUGCAUCAACCCAUUACAAGUUUGUUUGCUGCGCAAAUGGCUAACAAGAAGCAGAGGCAACCAACUAUACCUGAGGAAUUCAAGUAAAUUAGUCCUGCAUUCAACCCCUAAGCCAAGUGAAUCAGAGGAUUGUGUCAUCAUUGAGGUGGAAGACCACCAGGAAAUCAGUGACCUAUCUGUGCCAAGGAGGAAAUAGAUAGGAUGAAGGAGGAAAUGGAGAUGGAAGAUUUGGUGGAAAUGACAAGAAUUCACUUGCAGUUGUUGAGUACAUUGAUGAAAUAAAUGCAUACUACAGGAAAACAGAGUUCUGGCCGUGUCUCACCAAAUUAUAUGUCACAAACGACGACAGGAUGAGAGGCAUCCUCAUUGACUGGGCCAUUGAUGGAUGAGACAUUGUAACUUACUGCCAAUCUUAUUUGCCCAUAUUGCCCAUAUUAUGACCUGAAACGCUUGCAUUUAACCUGCAAAUUCUGCUGAUUAGUUCUGGUGUGGUGUUCAAUCCCAUAUGCAAUAUGAUGAAUUGGUCCUUUUUAUUUUUUAUUAUUUUUCUUUUUGUUCUUUAUGCAUAUGCCCAUGGGUUACAGAUGGGCCACUCAACAAAAAAUUAUACAUGGAAGGAUCUUCUAACCAUGCUAAAAGAUAUCUUAGAGGUUUGACAGGCAUGGUUUUAAUCUGAUUUUGAGACAA